AUGUCUGCCACCGGUGCUCAACUAGGCUCAACCUGCGGAUUCUCAACCCGCCUCUCCCUGCGAUGGGUGCCAGAAGUCCCAGAGGAGACGACCGAUACGAUCGUCCUUUCGGUGGGCAAGUACUUCGUUGACUUGCGAAUGGAUAAGAAAUCCGGGGAAAUCGACUGGGCAAUGGCUGGGACUAGAAUUGAGGAGAAUCCGGGUCAGAUUCCGCUGAAGGUGCUUUUUACGCGCGAGUUGGACUCCCUCAAUGAGAUUGGGAUUGUUGAUGUGGCCAACUUCAGUCCGCAGGCUGAUGGUACGGAUCUUGAGGAGGGGGAGAUGCCGCGGGCUGAUCUACCCGGUGCACCCAUGACUGCGUUCGAGGAGGUGUGGCAGGAGUUGCCAUUCAGGGAAGGACCUGAGGGUGCGAAGAAGGGAAUCUCGUGGAUUUUGGAGUCUGAUGAUGCUCCCCUGGCUCUGGGGGAGCAAGAGGGACAGGUGACUGUGACUAAAUUAUUCUUGGGUCGCAUUUGGGGUACAUAUCUGGCAUUCCAGCAGACUCAAACGCACUCAAAUGAGAAAAAUGAGGAUGGCACUUGGUCUGUGAAGAGAUCUGGGGCUGAAGUGAGUGCCCGCCGGGAGCAGUGGACCUCUGGAUGGGAGGAGAAAUAUUUAGUGGGUCCUGAUGCAGGUGCUGUGCCCUCGAUGAAGGCUGGAUUUGAAAAUGAGGGCAAGGGAGCAUGGAGGAUUCCCGGUGAGAAGGUUGUCAUUCAAGGGAAAUCAUACGUCGUCCGCGCCUUUGAGGCGAUUGAAUAA